AUGAUAUUGUCAGAGAGAAAUAAAACUGGAGCCACGUUCACUCUCUUGGGCUUCUCAGAUUACCCAGAACUGCAGGUCCCCCUCUUCCUGAUUUUUCUGGCCAUCUACAGUGUCACUGUUGUAGGGAACAUUGGGAUGAUUGUUAUCAUCAGAGUUAACCCCAAACUGCACACCCCCAUGUACUUCUUCCUCAGCCACCUCUCAUUUGUGGAUUUCUGCUAUUCCUCCAUCGUUGCUCCCAAGGCCCUGGUGAACCUAGUUGUAGAAGACAGAACCAUUUCUUUUCAGGAAUGUGUAGUACAAUUCUUUCUCUUUUGUAUCUUUGUGGUAACUGAAUCCUUUUUAUUGGCGGUGAUGGCCUAUGACCGCUUCGUGGCCAUUUGCAACCCUCUGCUCUACACAGUUGCCAUGUCCCAGACACUCUGUUCCAUGCUUGUGGUUGGGUCAUAUGCAUGGGGAGUAGUGUGUUCUUUGAUACUCUCGUGUUCUGCUAUCAAGCUAUCAUUUCAGGGUUUCAACACCAUCAACCACUUUUUCUGUGAGUUCUCCUCAUUGCUCUCCCUCUCUUGCUCUGAUACUCAUGUCAACCAGUUGCUGCUUUUUGUUUUUGCCACUUUUAAUGAGGUCAGCACACUAUUCAUUAUUCUCACGUCCUACAUAUUUAUCCUUGUCACUGUCCUCAAGAUGCGUUCAGCCAGUGGUCGCCGCAAAGCCUUCUCUACCUGUGCCUCACACCUGACAGCCAUCACCAUCUUCCAUGGCACCAUCCUGUUCCUCUACUGUGUGCCCAACUACCAAAACUCCAGGCACACAGUCAAAGUGGUGUCUGUGUUUUACACAGUGGUGAUCCCCAUGCUGAAUCCCCUGAUCUACAGUCUGAGGAAUAAAGAUGUUAAGGAUACAGUCAGCAAGCUAAUGGACACUAAAGUCUUUUCUUGUUAAGCAUAUUAUUUUAGUAAAAUCUGUCCUCUAGAUGCAAAUAAAGUGUAUCUCCACAGGUUCAUUUUUGAAGAUAUUUUUAAGUUAUUGAAGACCUAG